AUGUCUGACAAUUAUGCGGAAGACGAGUUUUACGCUGUUGAUUCCGUGGAGUGGAUAGGUUGGAUUGAUUUUUUGAACUUGAGCAAGGAGGAUGUUCUCCGGUUUAAUUUCGCAGAUGUUGACAUUGCAUUUGAGUUCUACCAGCAAUAUGCAAAGUACCAUGGCUUCGGCGCGAGACGUUCCAGAAAUGAAAAACGCGGCGAAGUAAGGAUACGGCAGGAGUUCGUGUGCCACCGACAAGGGUACCGAUCCUCGAAGUUCUACUCGAUGCCUAACCGGCAAAAGAGGCCGAGGGCCGAGACACGGUGUGGAUGCCCUGCAAGGAUGCUACUCCGCAUGGACGAUGAAUCAGGACGCCAUCGGAGGAUGAGCGAAGCGGACAUCGAGCAGAUGAAUGACAUGCGCAAAGGGGGCAUUGGCGUCUCCCAAAUCCACAGUUUUAUGGCGAGCCUAGCCGGCGGGUAUCAUAAUGUCCCAUACACAACAAGGGACAUGCACAAUGUAAAUGCGAAGCAACGAAGGGAGGGUGGCCUAGAUGCGGAAUCGUGCCUAAGGUAUCUCCGAGAGUGCAAGAUAAAUGAUCCAGCACUGUACUAUAAGGAAGUUAUUGACGGUGAGGGCGUGUUGCAACAUUUGUUUUGGUGUGACGGCACCAGCCAAAUUGAUUACCAGGUGUUUAAAGACGUGGUUGCAUUCGAUGCAACGUACAAGAAAAAUGUUUACCUUUCACCUCUUGUAGUAUUCUCUGGUGUGAAUCACCACAACCAAAUGGUUGUCUUUGCCGCUGCACUGGUGGCAGACGAGAAAAAAGAGACCUAUGUCUGGCUGCUUCAACAGUUGCAAACUUCAAUGGAAAGGAAAGGCUCCCGUGUCCAUAAUAACCGAUGGUGA